UAGCCACGGCUCUGGAUUCAGAUCCUUUAAACCAAUGCGCCCAUAAACAGCCUCCCCCGGAGUUUACUCUCAAGGACUAAAACAAAAUCGUUUCCCCAACCAAAACGGCAAAAUCUAAACCCCAUAAACCCUUCCUCGAAGCCUACAACAACAACCACCAUAACCAGCGGAGAGCAAUGAUGAGCUUUCUUUCAGAUCCCUUCUAAUUUUUUCGGUAAACAUUUGUUCGUGCUCUUGACUUUUGAUCAAAGGAUUUUUUUUUUUCAUCUUGAUGUAAUUAGCGCCUGUUAAUCUGUGUUUCUGGGUGUUCUUGUUUCUGGGUUCUUCAUUUUAUUCAAGAUAGUGUAUUUGAUUCUAUUAUCAAUAUCUGGGUAUUAUUUUUGAGGAUUUUUUUGAUGAUGGUGCCUUGAAUAAAGGGUUUUGAUACCUGGGUAUGAUUCUAUUUGAUGAAAGUCCUUAUAGAGUUAUUGUUCAUUGGCCGGGUUCAUGUUUCUGGGAUUCUCCUUGUUGUUAAAUGGAUGAACAAGAUUUUGAUACAUUGGUGUCAUAUGGAUGAGAAGAUAUCAGAACAUGUUAUCUCUGCGACCAAUUCGCAGAUUUUAUCGUGCUGCUUCUGCUCCUGCUGCCAUUGCAUCAACAACUGAUACUUGUGCAGCUUUCUCAAAGCAACCACCAAAGACAAUACCUUUACAAGAAAGUGCCCUUUCCAAGCUUAAAGAUGAAAGAGACCCUGAUAAGCUAUUUGCUUUAUUCAAGGCUAAUGCCCACAAUAAACUUGUCAUUGAAAAUAGGUUUGCUUUUGAAGAUACAGUUUCUCGUUUAGCUGGAGCUCGCCGAUUUGAUCUAAUUGAGCAUUUACUUGAGCACCAGAAAACUCUUCCACAGGGUAGACGUGAAGGCUUCAUUAUGAGGAUUAUAAUGUUGUAUGGUAACGCUGGGAUGAUAAAGCAUGCUAUUGAUACUUUUUAUGAUAUGCAUUUGUAUGGAUGUAAAAGAACUGUUAAAUCCUUCAAUGCUGCACUUAAGGUUUUGAUUCAAACUCAUGAUUUAAGAGCUAUCGAGGCAUUUCUCUCCGAUGUUCCACCAAAAUUUGAUGUUGAAUUGGAUACAUAUACAAUCAAUAUAGUUAUCAAGGCAUUUUGCGAAAUGGAUUUUCUGGAUAGAGCAUAUUUGGUCAUGGUACAGAUGGAAAAGUUGGGGAUAAAGCCAGAUGUCAUUACGUACACAACACUUAUAUCAGCUUCCUAUCAGAAAAAUCGGUGUGAGAUUGGCAACGGGUUGUGGAAUCUUAUGGUGUUUAAGGGGUGCAGACCUAAUCUUGCAACUUUUAAUGUUAGGAUCCAGUAUUUGAUUAAUAGGAGGCAAGCAUGGCAAGCUAAUGAUGUGAUGCGUUUGAUGCAGAAAAUUGGGAUAGACCCUGAUGAGGUUACUUACAAUUUGGUAAUCAAAGGUUUUUGCCAGGCUGGUUAUUUUGAAAUGGCUAAAAGGGUUUAUUCUGCUCUAGAAUGUCGUAGUGAGUAUAAGCCUAAUGCUAAGAUUCAUCAGACGAUGAUUCAUUAUCUCUGCAAGGGAGGGGAUUAUAAUUUGGCCUAUACAAUGUGUAAAGGAUGCAUGAGAAAGAAUUGGUUUCCAAAUGUGGAUACUAUUUAUUCACUGCUUCAAGGCCUAAUGAAAAAUGGGCAACUGGGUAAGGCUAAGAUGAUAAUGAUAUUGGUUAGGAAUCGGAUACCACCUUUUUCCUCCGCUCAAUUGGAUUCUUUGCAAUCAGUUUUGUCGAAGACUUAAAUUAAAAUGACAGAUUGAAAAAGGACCACUUUGAUUAAUGUAAAACCACUGCUUAAAGGAAGCUGAUAUUUCUUUUGCUCCAAGCAGUUUUAGUUUCACAAAACUAAUUGGAGAUUGAUUUUUAUGGUUAACAUCAAAGUGAAGGCAGAUUUCAUUUUUCUUGAAUUAAUUUGUUGUGCCACCUCUAUAUGUCCAUGAUGAAAGAGAAAUCUAUUGGAUAGCAGAAAUCCAAAUUCUUCUUGAAUGAUGAAUAGAAUGGCCACGGAAAGAUGGAAAACUCUUUCUAAUUAAAUACUGAUUGGACGCUAAAUCAGAUUGGAAGGUGCACUUGGAGGCAUUCUCUAAUGAUGUUUUCUGUUGGCCGUUGAAGGAGUUUGGUUCGCAGAUUCUUAGAUUCCGGAAAAAAAAUAAUUCAAAGAAAAAGUGAUAUUGAAGAAGAAUGUGUGGUUCUUGAGUUUUGUUGACUUAGAUGAUAUAAGAUUUUUGUAUGUGGUUCACAAUAAUGUAAAAUUACCUAAUAAAGUUUUUUAUUAUAUUGUUUUUGAUAAUAAAUGAAUAACAUGUGACAUUCAUAAUAUUGAUACUUGAA